CCGCACGUCCGCACGCCCUGGUCAGCCAGUGAUGACACCUGGUGGAAAGGAAAGGCACGACGACGAUUUGACGCGUCGCGAGCACGCGACCGCUGCGGGUUCGAUUAGUAACAGCUUUUCACUAUAAAUUGGUGGUGUUUGACAAAUUUUCCGCACAUACUACACCUGACCGGGCACCGGACUAGAGAGUCUUCGCCGUACAACCAGUGUCCCUGAGCUGAGCACAGACGGCACAGUCGUGAGUCGCGCGUCGUGGUAGAACGGUAUCGGUCUUGUUGGGUUGCUGAGCAAGUUGUAGUGAAAGAACAGCAAGUAGGCAUUGAAAUGUGGAGUUGGGUGUUUGUGAAAGUGAUCGUCUGAAGCCUUAAUCACUGUAUCUUGACAAGUGUGUCCUGGUAGCCAACGUCUUGCAGUGACCGGGACAGAAAGUGUGUGCGAGUGUGUUGAGUGUUGUGCCUGUUCGCAUCGUUUGUGCAAGGAUACGCAUUAGGAAUACGCCACGGAAUUCUACGGAAACCCCAGUAGAAAACGAAUAGAACUGAAGAUUCAAUCAUGAUGGUGCGAUUAGUUCCGUUAGCAGCAGUACUGCUCGUUCUCGCCUCGAUUGCCAACGCCAGAAUACUGCCAAACCGAAGCAAACAAGUGAAAGUGUACAGCUACGUGUUGCCUGCCGGGGCCGAGGAGAUACGUGACGAUAUUAACCACUCGUUUGCGUGCGGCAACCGUACCGAUGGGUUCUACGUCGAUAUCGACAAUGAUUGUCAGAUUUUUCACCGCUGCCAAGAUCAUGCCCGGUUCAGCUUCAUCUGUGCCGAACGUACCGUGUUCAGCCAGAUGUACCAAACGUGCGUCCACGACGGACAGCUCGGCUACCCCUGCGAAGAGUCCGUACAGUAUUAUCCCGAUGGCGAAGGGUACGAACCAUCCGGUUCGGAAACCGCCGAAGAAUCGCCACAGGUUGAAGAGAUGCAACCGGCACAAGAGCUGGAAGCUCCACCAGCUCCUCCCAAGGCAGUUGAAAUUGUUGCACCCGCCGAGGAAGUUGCCCAAGCAGAAAGCUCGCAAGACAACGUUCAACAGCCAUCCGAACAGGUAGAAAUGGCACAGCAAAUUAAGGAUGAACCGGAACAGGAACAGGACGAUCACCAGCAGCUGAAUGCCGAUCUGUUCGAUCCGAUCGAGGAGGAAGGUGAUGCACCGUCAGAAAACUCGGCCCAGGAAGUGAUGGACGAAAGUGAGGCUAGUGUUGCUAGUGCUGAUCCGUCGAAGAAUGUGGAAGAAGAAUCUAACGAAGUUGAAGUUCUGGAUGAAGUUGUAACUCAGCAGGAGGAGCUGCAGCAGCAGCAGCAGGACCAACUCGUAUCCUCCGAACCUUCACCAAUAGUAGUUGAAACUCAGACAGCUCAGGAUGAAGUUACCGUAGAGGAUGAGCCAGAGAAAAUGGAACAGGACACCGUGGGCACUCCGAGCGAACCCGAACCAUCAGCAACUCCAGAAAUAGAUAAUCAAACGCAGCCCGAAGCUGACUCGCUUCUUAAUGCCGUGCAGAUGGUCGAAGAGCUAGAACCCAUCGUUCACGAUCUCGCCAUCGAAACGGACGAACUGAAACCGCUUGUUGCGGAAAUAUCACCAGACACAGCACAACUUGCACCACAGCAAGAAGACAACGAGGUCCUACCGGUAUCUGACUUCAACACCGCCACCGAUAUGGAAGCGCCACAAAUGACGUCCGAUGCGUCAUCGUCCGUCAGCGAUAGUGAGCAAAGCGCGUUGGAAAGUGAACAGCAGGUGAACGAACUAUCGCCCAACACGGAGCUAAGUUCCGCUGGCGAUGAUUCAUCGGAAACGCUCGACACGAUCAGUGUGGAAGCAGACCAAACCCAGGUUCCAUCUGGCGAACCGGAAACGGUUGACGUCCAGCAGGCAGACAGUGAACCGAACACACCCACCGACGAACAGGAACGUCCACUGGAAAGCCCUGCGAUCGUAGAAGAGAUGGCACCGCUGCGACCGAGCGAUAGUGCCGAACUGCCGGAAUUGAUCGUAUCGACCGAAUUUCAUCUGGACGCCGUCACCCAGGGACCACCGAUUCGGCGAAGAAAAACGUUCCUCUUCCGGGCCGAUGCGAUCCGAUCGCGACAGUAGUGUGCGGCUCGGCAGAUUACACCGAGCGCCACGCGCACUUAAACGUUUAAGUAGGUCCAAUGCGGGGAAAGGGUGUCUCCCGUGGCCUAGCGGGAUAGGGUAAGUUAAUUUAUUGCAAUUUUCAGACGAAAGCGGGAAGAGAAAAAAAACGAAACCGAAACCAACGCCUCUACGUACGUGUCUUUUUAUCACGCACCGAACGGUCUGUCGAAGGGUUAAUUCAAUUCAAUGGCUCGAAAAAUAAACUUUUAUAAAAUAUAA